CAUGGAAGGCUGUGGGACACGGUAUAUGAUGUUGAUCACGAUGGAUGGUUGUUUCUUAAUUGAUAGGUAUUUCAACUUUCGGAGGGUUCAGAUGAGAUUUCCUUGCAGACACACUAAUGAAGGUUUAGCUGAAAAGACCCACCACUUCACUUUACUUGAUGGAGAGAUGGUAAUUGAUACUUUGCCCAACACACAAAAGCAGGAAAGGAGAUACCUAAUUUAUGAUAUGAUGGCCCUGAACCAUGUAUCUGUCAUCGAGCGACCCUUUUAUGAACGGUGGAGAAUGAUCGACAAAGAAGUGAUUGGUCCAAGGAAUUAUGAACGUCAACAUAUAUACCAGAGUAGAAACCCUUACUAUAGAUAUGAGUUGGAGCCUUUCAGGGUGAGGAGGAAGGAUUUUUUUCUGCUCUCUACUGUCACAAAACUUCUCAAAGAAUUUAUCCCAAAGCUUUCACAUGAAGCUGAUGGUCUUAUUUUUCAGGGUUGGGAUGAUCCUUAUGUUCCUCGCACGCAUGAGGGUCUGUUGAAGUGGAAAUACCCUGAAAUGAACUCGGUUGACUUUCUGUUUGAGGUUGCAUUCUGCUCUCCUAGUGAAUAGAGCUGUUGCUAUUUCCUCCUUAUCCUUUUGGUUUCUUAUUAUUGUUAUGCUCCUACACCUUACCUGUCAAUAUCAUUUAUUUCCA